ACAGUGCCUUUUUUCCUUAGCUUGACAACUCUGUGCUACCUGCCCUUGACUGACCCACGUGAGGCAGUUUAGCCUUUUAGAGACACACUGGACCGGCUGCUAGCUGGUUUUCAAGCAGCUAAAACCAGAGAAACUGUCCAGACAUCUUUUUGUUUAAGUGGUAUUUUCCUUGUUUAACACCCGGUAGAUCUUUACUAAAAUGUCAGGUACCGGCAGGUCUCUGUUGUUUUUACUCCGGCGGUGUGUCGCAGUUAGACACGGACCGGUUUCAAACGAGAUCAAAACAAGAAGCAGCGUUUUAACAGGCAGGUUAAUCCAGCAGAGAUCUUUGACAUCGUUAUCAUCAUCAUCACCCAGGACCGUCUGUCUGCAGAGACUCAGUGAGAUCCUGUCUGCGAAACACAGUCUGUCUGGCUUCUGUACAAAGGUGAGUAAUCACUGCUUUACACAGAGAACGUAACAUGAGUCCGCAGUGACUUUUUUUCAGAACUGAGCUUGUGUGACAGUCCUUAUGUAAGUCCGGGUGAAAAACUUGUAGGUUUUUAGGUCAAAGGGCCCUCCAGUAGGGGAGACUGGGGUGAGAUGAGCCAUUUUUCACAUUUCAGAUCACUACAUCAAGGCAAUCAUAGUUUUGUCUCUAACUAGUGUAUCUGCAUAUAUGUCAAGAUGUUGUGCAUCCCUGCAAACCAACACAAUGAGUGUAAACAUAACUGUCUUGAUAAUAUAGCAUGCCAAAAAAAGCGGUCUCCCCGUGUAUGGGGUAAGGUGACCAUAGGAGCGGGGUAAGUUGAGCUGUAGCCCUACUACUUUGUAUAAAACGAAUUUAAGAUGAUCUUUUUUGGUCUGAACACAAUUCUAAUAAAACUUAUGACAGACUAAAUUCACUUUCAAGAGUGAAAACUGUUUUUUUGGAAAUAAAUGUCUAACCACUUCACUCAUGUGCUUCUAACCUUCACAGACUCCAUGAACUGAUCUCCAUCUGUAAAUAUUUGGUCACAUGAUCAAUUUCUUUAACCAUUUCCAAGCAACAGGGGGUGACUCAACUUACCCUUUGGCUCAACUUACUCCACUCUCCCCUAGUUGACAAACCCCCAAAACAACUUCAGCAAUAAAUGUCAGCAAUAAGAACAGUCUUCACCUUUCUAAUAAUAUCAACAAAAAUAGAAAUACAGAAGCGUCCUAAAAGAAGGGUUUAUGCUAGGGCUGUUGAAAAAGCACUCCUAUUACAUCUUGUCUUGCAGACAGGAUCAUCGUGUGAAGAUGAUUACCCUCCACUGCCAGCUUAUGAGGGCAAACCACAAGCAGAGAAGGAGGUGUACAUCGUGCUGGUAAACGGCCUCCCCUGGUCGUGUUCGACUCAAGAUCUCCUGCGCUUCUUCUCAGGUGUGUGUUUUACAUAUUUGUAAAUUGUCACACCUGUUGCACAUCAACAGAGUCCUCUUUAGACUGAAACAUUAAGGUGACACGAACACUAACACUAAGGUGAGCUAUAGCAGGAAAGGUGGGAUACGGCAUUCAGCAUCGACCUUUCGUCUCUCCUUCCACGAUAAGUGCAGAUGCAGUGCACUGUUUAGAGUCGUGGAUUUUCCAGUACUUGUGGUUAGAUUCAUAGAUCCAAGCCACAAAUGUUUGUGUCGUUGUUAUGUUUUGUUGUCAUGAUGUUACAACUGUCAAAAGAUGACCAAAUAUUCACUCACAUUUUUUGUACUUCAGAGUGUAGGAUCUGUGAUGGAGAGAAGGGGAUCCAUUUCAUUGAAGACCAUCUAGGGAGGUCAGCAGGUCAAGCCUUCAUAGAGAUGGAGCAUGAAGAGGAUGUCAGGAAAGCUCUGGAGAAGCACAGGAAGUAUCUCGGACCACGCUAUGUAGAAGGUUUGUCAAUGAGCUGCUUGAAAUGUAGAAUACAGAAGCUGAUGGAGUUUUGAACAGUUAGUAAUGAAGUAUUAAGCUGUAAACUGAGCCUCUCUUUGUGUUGUUGCAGUUUCUGAAGUGACAAACAAAGAUGCAGAAGAGAUCCUGAAGAGAUCCAUCAAAACUGCAGCAAAGGGGGGGAUGGUCCGGCUCAGGGGUCUCCCCUACAGCUGCACUGAGACUGAUAUUGUGAAAUUCUUCUCAGGUAAGAAUCUGCUGCUGGUGAUUCCCAUGAAAGUACAUCCUCCUCAGCCCCAUCUCUACAAACACUUUAAGGAAGCCCUGUACAAUGAGUGAAACCCCGUCUUUAUUAUUCAAACAACCCAAACAAGCCAACAGAGGUUCAAUAUUCAAUAUAUAGAUCUUGUGGAGCGACAGUUUGAUUGAAAAAAGACCCCAAUGCAAGACAAGUGACCAGCAGAUGGGAGAGUGGCGAGUCUCUGUUAAUUGGUGCUCAGCAGGGGGUCUGUCCUUACCUCAUAACUACCAGCACUGUUGUAGGAUGAGCUCAACUACUGCACAGGAAGCUGGCAGCAUUAUGAUAACAGAUGGCACCAGGGAGAGCUCUCUGCAUAGAAAAUGCAUGAUGCUGAAUGUAAUAAAGGUCCUCAAAAACAAAACACUGUUUAAACCAUUUUCCCUCUUAAAGUUCGACCAAAAAAAGACUUUUUCACAUACUCGUGCAGCCUCUAUUUACGGUAAUUAUAACAGAAAAAUGGACAUUAACAAUAAACAAUGUGCAGCCACUCUGCAGGCUUGGUGCAUUUGUUGCAAGAAUUUCCUGUCUAUUCUUUCUUAUUCUCCAAGUUCUUAUUCUUGUAUGACUGAAUUAAAUUGUGUUUAUAACAAAUCUAGGUUGUUAGAUCAGAUUAGAUUAGAUUAGAUUAGAUUAGAUACAACUUUAUUUGUCCUUUUGGGAAGGUUCCCUGAAGGAAGUUAAAAUCUCAGCAGCAUCAAAUUUACAGAAAAGAAAAAAAGAAUGAUCAAAUACAAAUAUAUAGAGGGAGUAAAGAUGUAAUAGAAACUUCAGAUAAUUUAAGUAUUGAUAUAUAAAAAGUAAAAUUUUAAGCUCUGGACAUUGCAAAUUACUGUUUUACGACAACGACUACACCAGCCACAGUCCAAGGUGCUUGUAUAAGUCUACAGCCUCCACCUCGAUGCCAUCAGAACUGGUCUUCACCUUGGCCUGGGUCUCCCAAAGUCAAUGAAAAGCUCCGUGGUCUUCAAGGUGUUUAGGUGCAGAUGGUUCCUUUGACACCAGAUAGUACUCCUCCUCUCGGUCGUCCUUAAUACAUCCAACUAUGAGCUGUGUCAUCAGCGAACCUCUUGAUGUGACACAGCUCAGAGUUGUAGUAGAAGUACGCAGUGUACAGGGUGAAGAGAAGAGGGGGCCAGCCCUCUGAGGUGCUCUGGUGCUGCUUAUCAGAGUGUCAGACAUGAUGUCCUUCAACCUGACGUACUGCUGCCUGUUACUCCCCUUACCCAGAUGUGGGUGGGCUCUAGAGCAAGUAGAGAAUGGCGUCCUCCACAAAAAAAACACCUGCUCUGUAUGUAAACUGCUGGGCGUGUUGCACCUGGGGUCUGAGAAGGCUGAGGACGAGCCGCUCAAUCGUCUUCAUCAGUUAUUCUUGGGAACUGGAACAGUGCAGGAAGUCUUCCAGAGGGUGGGCACUCUCCCCAGCUGUAGGCUGAGGUUGAAUAGCCCUAAGAGCGAUUUACCCAUUUCAGCAGCAGAGGUCUUCAGUAGUCUAGGACACGCCUCGUCUGGUCUCCCUCAGCUGACCUCUGACCUGAUCCACAGUCAUGCCUGGAAAGGUCUGUGUUGAGGUGGAGGCUGAAGAGGAGGGAGGGGCUACUGUGAUGAUUGGGGGAGAUGUGUAAAUGACACAGGGUAAAGUCGGUGAAGGAUAAUUUUUGUAUUUUAAAGACCAAAGCUAAAUUGUGCUCUGUCUCUUUAAGGUUUGGAUAUCGUCCAGGACGGAGUCACUAUAGUCUUAGACCGCAGAGGGAGGAACUCUGGCAGGGCCGUUGUACAUUUUGCAACGCAAGAAGCCGCAGAUAAAGCUCUGCAGAGAGACAGACAGUCCAUUGGGAACAGGUAGGACUCCGCAUAGUUCAGUUACAUGCAGGAGCAUCAUAAUCUUGUCUUAUUUAUAUUCAGUGUGUUAAUUUGAGCUUCAUCUUCUGCUCUUUCUUUGUAUGUGCAGAUACAUCGAGGUGUUUCCCGGCAGGCCUGAUGCGGUUAACACAGAAUGGAGGGGGAGUAGCAGUUUACCUCCUCAGCAGAUGAGCAAUCAGACACUGUACAACAGGACUGUGCCCGCUCCAGCGACCGUCACAAGGCCUAGUAAGUGGACUGAUGCAUCUUCUCCAUCAGGACCCCCUCAGAGCUCGGCUGCUGAUCACCAUUUUAUCCACGUAAGAGGACUUCCCUUCCAUAUUUCUGCAGAAGAGAUCGUGAAGGUAAACUGAGAAAUGUCUGAUAACAGGUUUUUCAUGAUGCAGAACUUCCUGGAGAAGCCCCUCAUGUCUGAUUUUAAAUGUUUUCUGUUUUUCUCUUGCAGUUCUUCUCUCCUUUUAUCAUCUCAAAGAUCCUGAUGGAAUGCGGUCCUGAUGGGUGGCCGAAUGGAGAGGCAGACAUUUUCUUCAGCUGCCACGGGGAUGCCACUGCUGCCAUGACCAAAAACAAACAUUACAUCGGUGAGACUAAUGGAAAAUCUGACAUUUAAAAUGAUCGGUGCCAUUUUUAGUUAUUUGUGCAGCCUUCGUGAAGUCAUACAUCCUAAAUGGUUCAUCAUAUGUAAACAGAGAACAUGCAACAAAAACAAAAGGCCAGAUAUUUAAAUUUUACACUGUCUUAAAGGGGAGGAGCAGCUCUUUCUCUUCAUUUUGUCUUGUCUGUUUUCCUCUUUUACUGAACUUUUUAAACUUCUCAUUUUUAGGAGAAAGAUACAUUGAGUUAUUCCUGAACUCUGCUCCAGAUUGUGAUUCAAGGUGAGAAAAAAAGUGAGAUGUACAGAGUUGGAAAUUCAAGUAUCUUGAUUUAAGAUGAAACUUUUUUUUUUUCCUGCAGGUAAAUGUCAACUUGAAGACGAUGGCAAACCCACGGAUAGAUUUACUGUAUUUAUUCACCUGCCUGACAAGUACAUCAAACAACAAUAAAGAGAGUGUCCAAGGAAAUGCUGCUUUUACUGUCUUUAUCCAAA